UUUUUCAGAGGCAAGCAGCAUCUUGUCAAUUGGUAUAAAUACUCCUCGCUUUCAAGCCAGGAGCCAUCACAGCUUUAUCACCGGCAUCCAAUCCACACAUAUAGUUACCUCCUUUGCCUUUGGAAUAUUAAUUUGGUAUUGGAGUAUACCACUGAGCAAUUGCAACCAUUCCAUUCCAUUCGAUCCAUUCUAGCUAGCUUAUCUCCUCCAGCAUUUUGGAGAGAGCUCUAUCUUUCUGCUACUUCGCUUGAGAGAAUUUCCAUGUUUUCAUCUGCAGCCAUGCAGCAGCUCAAAGACGAUGGGUCGUCCGCGAGGCAGCUACAGCUGCUCGUCGCCGCGCUGUCGACGGCCGGAGCUGUGGCGGCCGCCGCCGUCGUGCGACGCAGGCACGGGAGGAAGGCCGCCGCAGCCGCAGCCGCAGCCGCCGCGGCGCCGCCGCCGGUGGUGAUGAGGGAAAUGCCGAGGCUGGUGAUGGCGGAGUCCGGCCGCGUCGAGCACAUCGAGAAGUUCUCUCACUACGUCGCUAGGCAGAUGGGGUUUCAGGACAUAAAUGAGUGCCCACAGCUGUGCAAAUUAGCAAAUAACUACCUCAAGAGGACCAAGAAUUGCAUGGAUGACAUCGAUGACUUCUUCGCAAAUAUCCUGGAUUCGGAGUCCCUUUAUGUCAAGUUCAUAGAAGAGUUGGAUAAAUGCAUUCUUGGAUAUUUUGCGUUCCAUUGGGACCAUGCUACCGCUCUUAUCAGCCAGGCCUUGACCGUAGACUGUGGCACCGCCAGCAAGAAGAAGCUAAGGAACCUCGUGUUGGAAGCUACAAGGAAGCAGAGGUUUGAGCGGGUGACGAGGGACCUGAAGGUGACGAGGGUGUUCUCGACGCUGGUGGAGGAGAUGAAGGCGAUCGGCGUCCCGACGGCGGCGAUGAACGGCGACGGCGAGGAGGAGCCGCACUGCACCGACGUGAUGGCGCCGGUGGCGCACGACGAGCGGAGCCCCGUGCUGCUGCUCAUGGGCGGUGGGAUGGGCGCCGGCAAGAGCACCGUGCUCAAGGAGAUUCUCCAGGAGCCACUGUGGUCCAAGGACGAGGCGAAUGCGGUGGUGGUUGAGGCGGAUGCGUUCAAGGAGACGGACGUGAUCUACCGUGCCAUUAGCUCCAUGGGCCACCACAACGACAUGCUCCAGACUGCUGAGCUGGUGCACCAGUCGUCGACGGACGCGGCGUCGUCGCUGCUGGUGACGGCGCUGAACGAGGGUCGUGACGUCAUCCUCGACGGUACCCUCUCCUGGGAGCCGUUCGUCCAGCAGACCAUCGCCAUGGCGCGCGACGUCCACCGCCGCCGCUACCGCAUGGGCCCCGGCUACAAGGUCGACCCCGACACCGGCGACAUCACCGAGAACUACUGGGAGCCCGCCGACGCCGACGCCGCCUCGCCGCCGCCGACCAGGAAGCCUUACCGGAUCGAGGUCGCCGGCGUGGUCUGCGACGCGUACCUCGCCGUGGCGAGGGGGAUCCGGCGCGCCAUCGUGACGGGGCGGGCGGUGCGGGUGCGGUCGCAGCUGGUGUCGCACAGGCGGUUCGCCGCCGCGUUCCGGCGGUACGCCGGCGCCGUGGACGGCGCGCGGCUGUACAGCACCAACACCAUGGGCGCGGCGCGGCUGAUCGCGCGCAAGGACGGCGUCGCCGGCAGCCUGCUGGUGGAGCCGGCGGAGUUCGCGUGCCUCGACGCGGUGGGCGGCCUCAACGAGAACGCCACCGGGGUGCACGACCUCUACCGCGGCGGCGCCACCGCCUGCGGCGCCCGCUCCAUCUGGGACGACAUGAUCGCCUCGCCGGCGCGCGCCGACAUCCAGAGGGAGCUCCGGGAGGCCUUCCGCUCCGUGGAGCACGCGCCGCCGAACACCAAUGGCGCCUAGAUAUGGUGUGUGUGUGUUCAAUAUGUUUCCCCAGAAAUUAAUCAUGUGGGGAACUAAAUUUGUUGUUGAUGUGUAAAGGGAGUGUAUUAAUUUGUGGUAAAUGGAUGUGCUUAUUAUAUGAACUAGUAGGGUGGCCCGCGCAAUUGCGCGGCUAGCAUCCAUAA